AUGAAAAGCAUUUUCUAAAAAUCAUUUUUGAAGUGUCUUUGUAGAACUUAUUUCAAUUUCAUUUUUAAUGUAAAUAUCAAAUCGGCAAAAUUUGUGUAUAUUAUGAUUUCUGUGUUUAGGGAUGAAAGUAUUUUGAAAGGGCUUCUUUAAGCUAAAUAAAUUGAAUAAGGAGCUGAAUUGCAUUUAUUUAUUCUAGUCGAAUAAAAUGUGAGAAAGAUCAUCCAAGUAAAUAUUUUUAAAAUACUUAGGAAGCCAUCAAAUAUUAAAGACAUUUUAGAAAGAAAUAACUUACAUGCAUGGAAGUAGAAUAAGCUAUCAAGGAUUAAAAUUUGCAUAAGGUAUGGAUACCAAAACUAACUUUAGUUUGAAAUAGUGGGAUUUUAACAUAUGGAUAGUAUUAAUCUGACUAAAAGGAUGAAUGAAUAUGUUUUGAAUGACUAAGUAAAAAUAAAGCUAAUAAUAAGAAUUUAGAUUUGAGAGAUUUAAUAACUCUUUAGAUGAGAACAGUUAAAAUUCCCCUUGGAUAACCAUCAAUUAGUUUAUUUAAUGUAAUGAAAGAUUACAAAUUAUUAAAUUCCUAAGAAACAUAGUAAAUAAGUAUAUUGAUAAUUCUAUCUUUAGUGCAAUAUAAGGAUAUUAUUUAAGUAGAAUCAUUCUAAAAUUUUGAAGAUAAUAAGUCUUUCAAUAUUAUAAAGGAUAAUAUAAUUAGCAUUUUGACAAUUCAUUAAUAAUAAAUUCUGAAAAAUUUUAAGGAUUUAUUUGAAAAAGAAGUUACAAGUCUUAAAUUAUGUUUAUCUCAAGAAUUUUGUUAGCGUAUCUGAAUCAAUAAAAUAAUUUAGUAUUAUCGGAUUUAGAGAAUUAUAAGGAUGUGGCUUAGAUUGUUCCCUUUAUCAUAUAGUAUCUUUAGAGCUAACAAGAUUAAAUACAAUUAUAAUAUUACAAGCAUCGCUCAAUUAUUAUUUAUUGCAUAAGUCAAAUAAUAUCAAAUAAAUAAAUAGAUAUAGAAUUUUAAGUAAUGAAUUAUCUAUUCAAAAGUUACACAAUAUAAUAAAGAUAUUGAUAAAAUUUUUAACUGGAAAAAUAGAGGAAAUUAAUAUUAAAUCUUAAGUUGAAUUGUAAAGAAAAAUAGCGAAAUGUCUAAACUAUUUGCUUGAUAAAUAUAAUUAGAAAUAUCAAACUUUAAGGUCUAACAUUAAUCAAAUAUUUCAUAAUAGAAUAGAUAAAAUAAUUGGCAAUUUAAGUUAAAAAAAAUCAUUCAAACAAUUGCUAAAAAUUUAUUCUAUUAUAGAAUUUUUUACUGAGUAGAAUGUGAAUGUAUAGCAUCUGAAAUUUGUUGAAUAACUAUCUGUUUUAAUUUAGAAAUUAGAAUUAAAAAAUUCCACUGUUCUAGAAUGUGACUAAAAUUAUAAUUAGCUUGUAGGUUUAAUCUAAAUGUCUUUGGGAGUAAUUAUUAAAUAUAUAAUUAGAAAAUAUUGAUAAAAAUUGUUGAUGGAUUAUAAUAUAUAUAUCCAAUAAAUAAAUAAGAGUUAUAAAAAUUAAUAACGAGCACAAGAGAAUUGAUGAAUGAAUAAGGAUUAGGAUAAUUAUUAGUGUUAUAGUAUAAAUAUCCAGAUCAUAUACAUUUAUGAUUAUUGCUAUAUUAUUUUUUAUUUGAACACCAG